UGAACUUCUGACCGAUACAAUAAUUUAAUUCCGUGCCAAAAACUAAAAGUAACUGCAAAAAGCGUUGGGAAAAUCAUCGCAGGGAAGCUGAAAUUUGGAAAGUAAACGAGCAAAAAAAUGAUCAUGCCACCUCAGAUGAUGACCAUUUUCCUAUCUGUCUACGUAUCCGUGGUUUUCUCUCAGGCCUCUGUAAUGACGCAGAUCUUGCCUUCACAAAAGGCCACAGAAACUACAAACUCCCUUACGACUAAAGCAACUACAAAUAUCUCCAUGUCCGUAAAACCAACGUCUGUCUUCGUUAGUCCUUCCUUUGUGAGAUCUCUACAUAUACAAAGCUCGAGAUCAACUCCUUUUCUCCUAAAUCUCAGCAAUAUGAAACAUACAAGCUUCAAAACGAUGUUUUUGAAAACCGCUUCGAUGAGGACUACGCCAACGUCUUUUCCAGCUGAAAGUAUGAAAUUCCAAAUAUCGAGCUUUCCGGAUCCCCCCUCUAGUUUUAACAACGGUGAAAAGAUAUCCGAUCCGCAAACAAGUCCAAGUAGAGUCAACAGUUCUGAUUUGAUCAGGGAUUGUCCGAAAGGAUGUUUCUGUAAACAUUGCGAAGAAGGAGAGGUCGAAGAAGACAUGAUUGAACUGAAAUGCAGAACGAACAAUCUCAAAAAGUUGCUGAAGAAGUUUGAUAUUCCAAAGCAAAGGAUUUGUUCAUUAAACUUGGCUCAAAAUGAUAUUACAGAACUAUGGAAAAAUGUGUUUCGUGGAUUUGACAAACUUCGUAUACUUAUUUUAGAUGACAACAAGCUACAAGUUCUCCGUAAACAAAUCUUUUUUGGUUUACCGUCCUUGCAGUACCUGAGCAUAAGACACAACGACCUACGUACAUGGAAAGGAAACCUCGAUCUUCCAAGAAUCAAAGUCUUGAACCUCGAGGGUAACAAGAACUUCUCUUUUUCGACUUCGCUGUUAAAAAACACCACACUCGCCUUGAUUUUUGGUUUAUCUUUUUCCAACUCGUGUAAAAGCUGCAAUAUGUCAAGAGAAAACGCAAGUUGGAGUCUCAUUCAUCCUGAAAACGGGUGCAACUAUAUACCCCAGCAAUAUUAUCCAAUGGCUGAAGAGCUUCUAUCGACGUUUAUCCUCUUCAAGGGAAAAUGUGAGAUGGACAAAGAGUGUAAGAUUUCUUUAACAGAUACAAAACCCUUGAGAAAUGUUUAUAGGAACAAAUGCUGGGAGGUUAUUAGAAUGUUACGACCUGUGGUCCUCUUACUAGGAAUCCUUGCAAUAGUAUUCAACACUGUUGUUGUCAUGGUAAUCGUUGCUACCAAACCACUUCGCUCUUCGACGACGUUACUGCUAAUCUCGCACAUGGCAUUUUGCGAUAUUUUGAUUGGUGCUUAUGCGGUUGCCAUUGGAGACGGACACAGCGUGGUCACUGAAAGUUCCUAUGAAUUCCGACAAUGGCGCCAUAAUUUAUGUCCUUAUUUUAGAAGUAUUUUUGUCUUUGGACAAGUCAUGGAAGUCGCUACGUCGUUGCUAGUGACAACAGAGCGAUACUUUGCCAUCGUCUUUUGCAUGAACCCUUCGAUUCGCGUCAAUAAAAAAAAAUCCGCUAUUUUUCUUCUACUUUUCUGGAUUCUUGCUUCGAUUUUUAGCUAUCUACUACAUGUGUAUGACGGUUCUACCAUAACUGACAACUUCAUGUGUAUUAUCGUACGUAAUGUGAAGAACUACGAAAAUACAGAUAUGUUCUACAGUCAAGGAAUGAUGCUAAUGCUGGUGGCCAUAUAUCUGGUCACCAUGCUACAGUACUGUCAUAUAUAUAUUUAUGUCCGUCGAUCCACUAUAAACGCUGGAGUUCGAAGGGAAACCAAACUAGCCUCGCGAAUCUGCCUUAUGGUAUUCACAAGCUUCGUAUUUUUUGCUUUCCCGAACAUUAGCAUGUUUGUUUUAACCGUUGGAAGUGCUAAAUUCCCUUUAACUCCUGUCCAGGAUACGGUUCUAAGCAAAUGGCUACCUCCUAUGUUCCUUGUAUUCAACACAUGCUUGAACCCAAUAUUAUUUGCUUAUAGGAACGAAAAGUUUGUACGUUCAGUCAAAAACAGCAUCAAAAAUCUAAGGAGGGUUCGGCUCACGAGUUUCCAUGUGGGAUCUCGAGUAACGGGUCAAUCUAGAAAUCAAGCCGUUGCUGAUGAAAAUAGCCGCGUUCAUUCAAACUCUAUGAUAAUAUUGUCAGUGUUUGAAGGAAGUCCACGGCAUACUCCACAACGUCCCCGAAGAGAUAAAACUAGCGGAAAAGAUUUUGAUGUUAAGCAAGCGGGUCUUCUUUUCAAGAAGAAGCGUCAAAGACUGCAAAACAAACGCCUUUUCAAGUUUAUUCAAUACUAAGUUGGCAAGUCAAGACUUUCAGAAGCAUGGACUCUUCUCCUAUUGUUAAGACUUGGAUUGUUAAACGUCGGCUCACCUCCUUUGCCAAUCCACUUCAUCUUCGAAAUCUUUCGCACUCUGCGCUAAUGUUCAAAACGAAAAACGACCAGGAGUUUGUACUAAUGAGUUUAUGAACAACGGUAAAGUGCAUCUGUACAAGGCAGAGUAUGGCAUGACGGGGGAGAAAGUCCCAAAUGUAACAGAUUUGAUUCUCAUGCGCGAUGAGAUGGGAAUGGAAUGGACUUGGAUCAUGCAACGUGAAGGUCAACUGGUGCCAAAGAAAAAACAAGUCACUUCUGCAGAAGCCAGGAAGCAAAUACAAAGGAUUCGUGGCCGAGACUACGACCCGGUCCUUGAAAACCCCCAUUAUGCGCAGGAGAAAAUGAGAGAGUACUUCGAAGUGGAAGGAAAACACAAUUACCUUGAGGAAGGUUACGACAGAGCACCUGAUGAAGAAGACUAGAAAUUUAUUUCUUGUUAGAACUGUACUUACUAAUUGUCUUCUCUUAAACUAAUCCAAACUUGACCCCUUUUUCUUACUAGAUAAUUAUGCUUCGGAAAUAACAUAAAAACAGAAGCCAGACUGAGAAAAGUUACAGCCAGUCUCUUUCCAUUUAUUAUACUCGGUUCGUCUUCGCCGCGCGCAUCGACAAAUUAAAAGUGCGGGUCCAUGUCUGGACUACUCUUUGCUACUGACAAUAUAUUUUGAUGAUCGAUGAAAAUGGCUUAAAGUGUGCAUAUUUAGAUUGUAUGGCAAUUUCUGGCGCAUUUCAACUUCGUUAUCUCUAGUAUAAACGAAAUAAGUGAAAGGUCUUGAAUCCCCAAGAUCAUAACAAGAUUGCAAGAGCCCAUGAUAUUUCUACUACUUUGCCAUUCAAUGUCCAUGUUGGCAACAUCAAGAAACCUAAAUGCAUAUUCAGUUGCCUUUUUUAAAAAUUGGACGACUAAAACAAUUGCGCAUAAGAUGCAAGAUUUCAUCUGCUUUGAAAGAUGCAAGUACGUGAUAUGAAUUCCUCUUCCAUGUGCUCCAGGUAAAUUAGACACACGGUUCGAGAACAGAGGCCAAUAUACAUGGUAUAAAUAAUUCAUCUCCGAUCCGUAGAAGUUCUUGCAAACUCUACGUAUGCCUCGUAACGCCUUCUCUAAUGAUACAACAAGAUCAAUAAUAGAUCUAUAACUUAGUGAGUGAUUAUGAGACUUGGCUAGUGCUCGUUCGGACUAAUAAUGAAUCGAAAGAGACGGCUUGACUCCUGGCUUACGUUGAACGGCGCCAACAAACCGCGUCAAUUGUAAGUUAAACACUUCCUUUAUGGUAGACAGGAUUCUUCGCAUUACUGUGAUUUUGAUGGUGUGGUAUUAUAUAGACACGCACCCACGUACUGAAAGGAGAAUCCUUAAGAACAGAUCAGUAGGAUUUGUGUUUUCCAAAGUUAUGAAAAAUCCGAAGCAUGAUCAACGGUAGAAAGUAAUUAUUGAAAUAAACGGUCAAUUCUUCGUU